AUGAUUUUGCUACUUUUCAUGUUGUUUCCGUGUUUUGUUGAAAGUAUAGAUCUAAGCAGGACAGAGAGAACUGAUAAGAUAUGCAGCUCGUAUGGAUAUCAGAUCUUGGAUGCCAAAUUUGGACAGGAAAAGCAUUUGUUAUGUCUUAAAAUGCAGUCUAUAGAAUCCACGGCUUUGACAUCCCGUUCUCUGGUUAUACUCCUAGAUCCCAGUGAUGAACAUAAAGGCCACGACUUCUCCUUAACAAACAUAACCAUGGCAUAUGGUUUCCCAGUAGAAGAUCCUAAUGCUGGUUCAGCUGAGGGUUAUAUAGGGGAUGACCAUCAUUUUUAUGGAGUCCUUCACUUGGUGGCAUUUAUAGGUAACCGUACUUUACACGCCGAUCCAUAUGGUAAAAAUGAUGCAAAUGAUUUUUUCGGUGAUCUCAAAAACGACCGCCUGGCCACGCCAAAAAGACCGAGACGCGAAUAUUCUCAGUACGGUGUUGGCUUUGAUAAACUCUCGUACUUCACAUAUAACAUCGAAGAAAGAAAAAGACAGCCUGGAAUAGCACGAGCUCGUAUCUGCGACUUGCUGUUGUUAGCCGAUAAGGAGUUUUACGAAAAAGAUGCGAAUGCUAGUCUUAACCAUGUUGUUAGAAGGAUGAUGCAUGCAGUCGCUCAAGCAGAUAUUAUAUUUAGGAAUGCUGAUUUUAAUGAAGAUGGCAUACCAGAUAAUGUAGGGUUUUCUGUAAAAUAUAUCCUUGUCCUCACAUCUGAUGAGACCAACGAUCGAGUUUUUGGUGACUUAACAAAACACAGGACCGUAGACGGUCGGAACUACCUCAUGAGGUUUGCGAGAUUAAGGAGAUUGUCUGAAGUGUGCCUGGGAGUUGCGUUUUCUGGGCAUGCCUUUGAAAAUAGAACUUUGGGACUGAGCUUUACCUCCCUGGGGGGUGGUAUGGGCGGUGCGGCGGGCGGGCUCUGCGACCGUCGCGCGUACGGCCGCUCCUUCAACACGCUUGCCAUCGCACAUGCCACCGCUGAAGUAAGCGCGCGCGUGCCGGAGGGCGUCGCAGCUCUUACUCUAGCGCAUGAAAUGGGUCAUAGUUUUGGUGCACACCAUGACGAUAACUUUCCCAAUCCCGACUGCCGGGGAUAUCUCAUGGGCUCUCAGUCCUCUGUCGCCUGCCCUCAUCGCUUCGAGUUCUCAAAGUGUAGCAAACGUCUUAUAUCAGCAACUCUAAGUAGCAUGAGCUACUGUCUAGCUCAUGUAGACCGGCCGUACUGCGGGAAUGGUAUAGUAGAGGAGGGAGAAGCAUGCGACUGUGGUCUGCCCUCGCACUGCAGUUACCGCGACCCGUGCUGCACUCCUCGCGCGGGGGGAGCUCUUGUGUUUGAGAAAGGGAUACCUAUAGCAUACGGUACAAUUUUCAAAGGACUGUACAACCCAAGACCGCCAAUGUUCAUGCACGAAUAUGACGUCACGGUGUCGGUGCGGGGUCGGCGGGCGGUGUCUGCCCGACGGGAGCUGCCAUGCCGCGGAGUGCGCCUUGCUCGGCCU